GUACUAAAAUAUCGUUAAAAAUGAUUGGUUUAGUGCUGAGGGUGUGAGCUGGCUAACAAGACUAGAGCGAAUGUCAAAAUCGAAGAAUACAUAAAAAACAGCUUUCUCGGACUGCACAACAAUCUUUCUGGAACUGCAAGCAAAUUGCUAAAAUGCUGCUAAAUAAAAAGGUGCACAUAUAUCAGCAGUUAGUCGAAAGGCUCUUUGAUAAAUGCCAGAGGAUUCAGGCUGACAAUGAACGCUGUGUUAUGAGAGUAAAUGCUAUAAAAAAGACAUUGCGACGACGAAAUUUCGAUGUGGAGAUGCUGAAACGUCGACUGGACAAACAUGGCGACAAUUGGCGUUCAGUGCCCAUGGUGGCGCCGCAUCCCAAGGGCAAGACUGAGCAAAAGCGACGAGGACCGAAACCGAAAAACAAACAGGCCCCCGAUGGGGGAACGGCACCCGCAAAUCCCACACGCAAGCCCCGGAAGCAGCGUGCAAAACAACCUCAACCCAAUCUCAACUCCACAAUGCAGCAGCAGCCACAUUCUGGUAUAUGCUGACAUCAAUUGAUUCUUGCAAUUGUAUACAUAUUUAAGAGUCAAAGCUAAUACAUAAUUCUUAUUCAUA